GAUUUAGUUACUAAUCAAAAAUUCAAGACACAAACAGACGCAACACAAUUUCAAAACUUAAACCAAACUUAAACUUAUAUUUCGAUAUUCGAUAUGGAAUUAACGUUGGAGGAGUUGGCACGCAUUGCUUUGGGCGUGCCCGAGAUGAAUCAUGUGAAUGUGGCCGUGUUGCACAGUCUGCUCGAUGCGCUGAUGAAGAAACUCGAUUGCCAAAAGGAUUUGGUUACUAUUGGCGGCUUCGAAGGAAAGUGUUUAGAGCGUUUGCUAGAGCGUUCGAAGAUUUCCCCACUGCCCUUUGAUGUGGCCACCAUUGUGCCCAUUUCAUCGGAGCUGGAGAAAGUCGAGGCGAUGGAGAAACGCAUCGCAAGCCUCGAGGCAAAGUUGGAUGCGCACUUUCAGCAAAUACGAGUGUGCAACAAGGUGAACAGCAAAAAGUAUCAGAAGCAAAUCUGGGAGCAGUAUUCAUCGCCCUGCGAGGAUCUGUGCACCGUGUGCGAUGAGGAUAACAAGAUCGCGUGUAGUUUGCUGCAGAACAUGGACUUUAUGAAGAAGCUUCUGCGACGCAUCGCUUCACCCAUGAUGGAAGAAAUGGAGGAGAUCAAACGCAAUCUGAGCGAAUUCUACGAGAAACUCAAAAAGUUUCUCAAGAAAACCGAAGCGCUUUUCGAACGUCUCGAGCUGGUGAAGCAGUGCGUCAUUGAGAUUGAGAAUCUGCGUGAGCUGGUGAAGAAUUACAAUCUCACAUUUCUUGGGACAAUGGAGGAACUGCAGGAUAUGCUCGAUAGCAAGCUGGAUAAAGUGCAUAUGCCAGCUCUGAAGAAGUACAUUCGCGAUCACUUCGAUGACAUCGAACUGCGACUGUCGAAGAUCGAGGAAAAGGAUUCGUGUCCACGUGCCGCGGGCUUUGUCAACACCGGCAUUCGUUGCAUUUCGUGUGGCAACAAUCGCAUUGGUGUCGAUGUCGGACCGUUGAACAUUGGUCCGCUGCCCGAUGCAACGGCACAACAUUUGCCACAUCAUCUGCAGAACAAUUGUCAGAAAGCUUUGGUCUUCCGCACCAACGACAAGGAGCCAACGCUGAUGGUGCGGGUUAAUAAUCUUGAUUUGAAUGUGAUACAACAACGUUUGAAUCGACCCUCGGGCAAAGUGUGCAAGCUGCCGGAUGCCAAUGACACCAUCUACGGCGUUCGCAAUUCCGUUUACUCCGCUUGAGAUUCCACCUCAACAAAAUCGUUUCGUUUAAGCCGGCAAUAAAGCAUGUAAAAAAAAUAAAAGAAGAGAAGUG